AUGAAGAAGUAUGCCACAAAAGGCAGCCACGAAGGCGAACAACAACAGCACACACACACUCAGGAAGCGGCUGAGGCAAGACCAGUCAAAUUAAAAGUUGAAGAUUCUGUAGAAACAAGUAGGAUUCUUACAUCAGAGCGAGACACUGAAGAAGCCAGACCACCCACAAAUGAAUUUAAAGCCAGGCAUAAUGAAAUGGAAGAUGGCGAUAUUGCAUUUCCUACCAACAAAGCCGAGUCUAGUGUAGCGCCAGGUGAUUCCAGCGAAGGAGAACUUCAUCAGAAAGAAGAACAUCGGAGGAGCAAUCAGGUUCCCAAGACUUUACAAAUUGCGAGUGGUGAAGAAAAAUGUCAGCGUGAUGAAUCACCAAAUCAUUUCCUUGGAUUUAAGACACCACAAUUCCACAAGAAUUUACAGUCUGCCGAGGUCGCAAGCUCCAAAAACAAAAAUAGCAAUGUUUCAGACGAUAAUUUUAGCCCGAGAGAGGGAAGACCAGUCAAAUUAAAAGUUGAAGAUUCUGCCGAAGCACAGAGGAUUCCUGCAUCAGAGCGAGACACUGAAGAAACCAGAUCACCCACUAAUGAUUUUAAAGUCCGGUGUACUGAUAAAGUUGAAGAUGAAGAUACUACAUUGCAUACCAAGACAGCCGAGUCUAUGAUAGCACUGAGUAAUCACAGCGAAGGAGAACUUCAUCAGAAAGAAGACUAUCAGGCAUGCAAACGAGCGCAAGUUAAGGCUUUACAAGUUGAGAGUGGCAUAGGAAAAUGUCAACAUGACGAGCUGAUAGUAACAUCUUUGCAAACAACGCACCAAACAGAGGACGUCUUUGGAAUCGAAGGCAAGAAUGACGAAACUGCCAACGCGCACCUUACCCAGAAACACCUUCAUCAUUCGAAAGAGGAAAUAAAGGCAAAUGGGUGUCGUGAGGUUGGGAUUGACGAAAGGAGAGCCACUGGUAAAUACAUCGGUAAUUUUGAAGAAUUGAAUGUCAUAGUGGAAGAAUCAGAAAAUGACAAGACACGUUUAACGAGUCUCCCUCCAUUGACUGUGGGUACACCAGCCAUAACAUCAACAGAAGAUGAGUUUCAUCCUUCAUGUGGUAAUGUGGACGGGCACGUUCGGGAGAAAAGUGCUCUUGAUAUCACCGUUCUACCCACAAACUUCGAUACGGUAAAUGGUAGUUGCCAGGGAGACGAUGAAGAUCACAGUCUAAGAAAGUGCGUCAUUAAAGACGACAGCGUCUUCGAGGAGCAUGAAUUGAGCAAUCAGGUUGAAUACGAAAUGGAACGAAGCACAGCCUCUUUAAAAGGAGCAUGCAUACCUCAUCCGCCAAAAGAACCCAUCGAUCAUGACGUCAAACAUUUUAACAAGAUUACGUUCUCUGUGUUGCAAGAAGAGGAAAAAGAGGAGAAUAUGUCAACCAUUGAAGUAGAUAAGGCAGUCUUUCAAACAGACGCGGUAGCUCCUGAAUUUUAUGGAGAUGAAAGAAGUAAAGAGGAAAGCAAUGUAAAAUACUUGGACACAAACAGUUCACAGAUGGAUGUUUUAGGUCAAAAACGACAGCAUGCAACCAAUAUAACAGCAAAGGAACCUCAAGAUAAUGACACAAACACGUACAAAGCAAAAAGUGAGAAGGAAGCUUCGAAUACCGUUAGGAAUGAUCAGCCUGAAGAUAUGUCGAAGGAAGCCAAGGAAAGUGGUUCCAACAAUGACUGUGAGGGAGCAGAGAUGUAA